AUGUGGAAAUCUAACCCGUCAAUAACAGGCACGAAUAAUAUACCGCUUGGCAGGCGACGUAUGGGGAGUUCCUCCGAUGACGGAAAUAGACCUUCUGAUACUGAUGAUACACAAUUGAAUUCAGAAGAUUCGAAGGAUUCAACAAACCGAACCUCGAUCAAGAGACCAAGUGAGGAUGUGGUAGACGACUCUGAAACCACGAAUGCAGAUCAGCAAUUUGACGCAGCUGAAGAACGCCGAAAGAAGCGUCGAAGUAGGUGGGGCUCGGAGGAUUCCAAAGUAAAUAUUCCCGGCUUGCCUACUGCCAUCACUGCCAGCAUGACGAAAGAACAACUGGAUACCUAUCUUUUGCAUAUGAGAUUGGAAGAAAUAGGUAGAAAGCUUCGAACUGGCGAUUACAUUCCGCCCGAACGAGAAAGGUCCGUAUCGCCUGAACCAAUAUAUGAUUCUCAGGGUAAACGCGUGAAUACACGCGAAUAUCGAUAUCGCAAAAAGCUUGAAGACGAACGCCAUCGUCUAAUCGAAGAAGCAGUAAAACGCAAUCCCGAUUUCAAGCCACCCGCUGAUUAUAAGCGACCCACCAAGGUUCAGGAUAAAGUAUACAUUCCGGCCAAAGAGUUUCCUGAAAUUAAUUUUAUUGGAUUGUUGAUUGGACCGCGUGGAAAUACCCUUAAAAAAAUGGAAGCAGAAUCUGGAGCAAAGAUUAGUAUAAGAGGACGUGGUAGCGUUAAGGAGGGAAAGAGCAGAACUGAUGCUGCAGCAAAUUCAAAUCAAGAUGAGGACCUACAUUGUUUGGUAACAGCCGAGUUAGAAGAUAAAGUUGUCAAGGCUGUAAAAAUGAUCAAUAAGAUUAUAGAGACGUCUGCUUCAGUGCCUGAGGGUCAAAACGAAUUGAAGCGACAACAACUUCGCGAGCUAGCCGCCUUGAACGGGACUCUUCGCGAUGAUGAAAAUCAAAUCUGUACCAAUUGUGGUGCAACUGGACAUCGUAAAUACGAGUGCAAUGAAUCACAAAACUUUACUAUUAACCUUACAUGCCGUAUUUGCGAUGGUCAUGGGCAUACAGCGAGAGAUUGCAUGGAAAGGAAUAACCCGGAAGCGUUGCAACAAGCCAAGCAGAGAGAUCAGAAAUUGGACAGUGAAUAUCUGAAUUUGAUGGCUGAAUUAGGAGAGAGUGUUGAUGGGGGUAGGACAGAUUUGGGAGGACGAACGGGCCACUAUGGACCUUCGACUGCUUCGAGACCUCCUUGGGCAGCAGCCGCGACCGCAGCAACGACAGCGGUACCGGUUCCGAGCAGCCCCACAUCAGCUGCUCCGCCUUGGGCAAAAUCUUCAAUCACAACACCACCAGGGACUUCAUCAUCUAUACCUCCUUGGCAACAAUCUGCAUCAAGUGUUCCUCCUCCGCCAGGCUACUCUCAAACUCCACCACCACCGGGUGUGUCUCCAACAACUUCGCCAACAUCUAUCUCACCAACAAGCUCUGUUCCUCCAGCGCCUUGGUCGUCCAAUCGUCCAUAUAGUACCGCUCCUGCUCCUAAUACACUAACAAGUCCUUCAGGACCAUAUCCGCCCGGUGGUUAUCCGCCUGCGUCUUAUUAUGGGUAUGGGGGAUAUGGUAGUGCGUAUGGAAGUGGAUAUCAACAGAGUGCAUACGGAAAUGUGGCAGGCGAUCGAUUGUACGAACGGGUUUGGAACUAUGCGUUAAUUGGUGAGCAGUGA